AUGUCGGUCAGCUCGGGUCAAUCGCUCCAGCUGGCCGACUACCUGGAGAAGCUGCCGGGCACGACCUUCAGGAAGCUCUACCUGCAGCCCUCGACGGCCUUUGCCAUCUUCCGAAGAAUGAUUCCGCCGUUGGCAAAGACCAUAGUCAUGGCCAUUCUCUAUAUGCCCAAGCCCAUGUUGCUAGAGGACCUGGAUGUCUGGGUCAAACCAGAAUCGCGAAGGCAAAAAGACCAGGCCAUCUCGACCCUCCGCAGCCUCCACAUCCUCCAGAUCACCGUGCCCUCCAAGGAACGCCCCCAGGAGAUGCAGCUCACCACCAACUUCAAGAACUCGCUGCGUCUCGCCCUCGAGGGCGGUGGCACCCACAACUCGUUCGGCGUGCCCUCCUCCCUCCCUGCCCCUCCCGAGAUCACCGUGCCCUUUCUCGACCGCUACGCCCGCCGUAAAUGGGAGGAUAUCCUGCACUAUAUCGUCAAUACGGUCAACCCCGGCGGCGCCGACCUGGGCGGGCCUAAGUCGUCCGUUAAGAACCUGCUCGUCGCCGGCCAGCUCGUCCGCCGCCAGGGCUCCGCCGUCGGCAUCACCCAGGCCGGCUUCACCUUUCUCCUGCAGGAGGCCAACGCCCAGGUCUGGACCCUGCUGCUGCUGUGGCUUGAGGCCACCGAUCACGCCGAGGACGCCGCUGGCAUGGAGAGCACCGACAUGCUCAGCUUCCUCUUCCUUCUCGCCAGCCUUGAGCUCGGCCGUCCCUACGACACGAACGCCCUCACCGAGGCCCGCCGCAACAUGCUCCCCAGCCUCCUCGACUUCGGCCUCAUCUAUAUCCCCUCCCACAAGCCUCAGCAGUACUUCCCCACCCGCCUCGCCACCACCUUGACCAGCAGCUCCAGCGCCCUCUCUUACGCUCAUUGCAGAGAUUCAGAGACAUUCUUCCAGUCAUACGCCUCCCAUUUAAUGAUCCGAGUACGGCCGUUUAGACUCAGCGAGACCAACUACCGCGUCUACGCCUACGGCCAGACCCCGCUGCAGAUCGCCGUGCUCUCCCUCUUUUGCAAGCUCAAGCUCCGCUUCGCCGACAUGGUGUCGGGCCGCCUCACGCGCAACUCGAUCCGCAACGCAGUCGAGCGCGGCAUCACGGCCGACCAGAUCAUCUCGUACCUCGCCGCCCACGCCCACGAGCAGAUGCACCGCAUGGCCGCCGCCCGCAGCCGGCCCAUCCUGCCCCCCACCGUCAUCGACCAGAUCCGCCUGUGGCAGCUCGAGACGGAGCGCAUGACGACGACGAGCGGCUUCCUGUUCCGCGACUUUGACAGCCCUCGCGAGUAUGACGACAUCGCGGGCUACGCCGCCGAGAUCGGCGUCCUGGUCUGGCGCAACGACAAGCUCGGCAUGUUCUUCGCGAGCAAGCACGAGCAGAUUAGGGACUAUCUCAAGCUCAGGAAGAAGGCGGAGGAUUAG